UUGGGUCGCAGGUGGCCGCGCCUAGAGCACUCCCGGAACUGAAGCUGGGCGCUGGGCCCUCAGGAGGCGGGGGCCACGUCAGCUGGGCGGCGGGCUCGUCCGGGAGCCGGUGGGGAGCCGGCGGGCGGGAGAGUGCCAUGCGGCGGGGCGCGCUCCUAGCAGGCGCCCUGGUCUCCUACGCCGCGUACCUGGGGCUGGGCGCGCUGCUGGUGGGACGUCUGGAGGGGCCACACGAGGCUCGGCUCCGCGCGGAGCUGAAGAUGCUAAGGGAGCAGCUGCUGCGGCGAAGCCCGUGCUUGGCCGCCCCCGCCCUGGACGCUUUCCUGGAGCGGGUGCUGGCGGCCGGGCGGCUGGGGCUCACUGCCUUCGCCAACGCUUCGGGGCCCACUAACGCCUCGGACCCCGCCUGGGACUUUGCCUCUGCUCUCUUCUUCGCCAGCACACUGGUCACCACCGUGGGCUAUGGGUACACGACGCCACUCACUGAUGCGGGCAAGGCCUUUUCCAUUGCCUUUGCGCUCCUGGGCGUGCCAGCCACCAUGUUGCUGCUGACUGCCUCAGCCCAGCACCUGUCUCUGCUGCUGACCCAUGCACCCCUGUCCUGGCUGAGCACACGCUGGGGCUGGGACUCCCGGCGGGCAGCCCGCUGGCACCUGGUGGUUCUGCUGGGGAUCGUGGUGACCAUCUGCUUCCUGGUACCAGCUGCAGUCUUUGCCUACCUUGAGGAGGCCUGGAGCUUCCUGGAUGCCUUCUACUUCUGCUUCAUCUCUCUGUCCACCAUUGGCCUGGGUGACUACGUGCCUGGGGAAGCCCCUGGCCAGCCCUACCGGGCCCUCUACAAGGUGCUAGUCACAGCCUACCUCUUCCUGGGCCUGGUCAUCAUGGUUCUGGUGCUGCAGACUGUCCGCCACGUGUCUGACCUUCACGGCCUCUCAGAGCUCAUCCUGCUGCCCAGUUCAUGCCCUGCCAGCGUCACUGAGGAUGAGGAUGAUCGGGUAGACAUCCUGGGCCCCCACUCAGAACCACACCAGCAACUCACCACCAGCUCCCACACCGACUAUGCCUCUAUCCCCAGGUAGCGGGGACAGGCACCUUGAGGCUGGAUGGACCUGGCCUGUGGCUGAGGGGCCACAUGGUCAGCUGAUGUGCACAUGCCAGUGCUCGUGAGCACCCUGCCACCAACUGUUCAUCCUUUGUCAUACCUGUCCUGGGCUCGCCCAGCAUCUGCGUUACCUUUACUGUCCUGGCCCCUACUCUCAUCUCCCCCACACUCUGUGCCUCUUUGGCUUUCUUACCAUUUCUGUCUUUCCCUCUCACUGUUUCUUUGUUUCUCACUCUUUUAUUCCGUCUGCUUCUCUCAGCAACUUACUAUCUAUGGUUCUGCCAGACUCUGGGCUCAGACCUCAUUUCGGCCACUAGAUCAAUUGGCCACUACACCAUGGACAAGUGACAGCUCUCUCUGAGCCUUGAUUUCUUUAUCUGUCAAGUGGAAAGAAUAGAGGAUGGGGCAAAAGUAGGUUUAUAGUUGUUGGUAUGGAAAAUAGUACAAUGAAUAAAUAGUAACAGAAGGAUAGACUGUUUCAUGUAUUCACAACUCUCAACCUACUUUUGCUCUACCCUGUAUAUUACUUCAUCUCAAACCCUCUCUUCUCUGCUGGGCAGUGCUAGACACAUAGUAAUGGCCAAGGUGGAUGGGCCCCACUCUGGAAACAGAAUCCCUGUCUGGAUCCAAAUGGCACGGAAGGCACUGUUCUUAGCCAUGACAGAAUUGUAUCAGCUGUCCCCAUUUACUGAGCACAAAGUGCAUAUUGUGUGGGUUCUGGAGCCAGCCUGCUUGGGUGCAAAUCCCAGCUAGCUGCAUACUGCCCAUCUCCAUGGGCAGUCAUUUUCCUCGAGAUUCUCGGUCCCUCAUCUGUCAAAUGACAAUAAUAAUAGUACUCAUUUCACAAGAUGACUUCACAGAGCUUGCCAAGUUUUUCUGCAAUGCUUUCUUUGGCCAGGCCCUGUCCUGGGUACUUUACCUAUACAAGGAAGACAAUAUUAUCCCCUUUCCACAGGUGAAGAAACUGAGACACGGGCAGGGGAGGUCCCUUGUCUUAGACACAGAGCUAGGAGGUGAUUGAUUUUUCUGUUUACUUCCCCCAAAUUUGUUCCCUCCAAAAAUGGUAUAUCAGUAAUAGCACUUACUGCCAAAGACCCAAUUACCAAGCUGCUACCUCUUUCAAGCCCUGUGGAGGUGGCAUCUUAGCUGGGCCUUGAUACUAGACAAGGGAAAGGGCAUGGGGAGGGCAUCCCAGGCAGGAGAAACUAUGUGUGCAAAGGCAUGGAGGUUGGAAAGCAUGUUGGACACCAGCUUCUGUGAGUAGGGAGUGAAUGGGGGAAGCAGGGUGGAGUGGUUGACAUGGGCACCUCUUAAGUGUCCCUAAAUGACCAGCUUGGGAAACUUAGCUUCUUUGAGGGUACCAGAGAAUCAUGGAAGGUUUUCGAGUGGGUGAAGGUCAUGGUUAGGUUCAUGCCUUAAAAAGAUCCCCUGGCUUCUCUGUGGAUGUAGGUCAGAGGGGGAGACAAAGGCCGGGUGCUCAGAGAAGGCUACCGCAGGAACAAGGUAGGAGGCAACGGGGCUGGGAAGAGCCAAAGGCAGGAGGUACAGGUGGAGGGAUGCUCAGGAGGUCAAGUGGACAGGCCAUAGGCCUUAUAGAUUUGGGUGGGGGGUAGACAAGGCCAGGGAGGGGACCCAAGGGAUGGUCAGCUGCCCUUGAGAUGGAGACUCGGAGAAAGAACAGGUUAGACAGGCAAUGCUGAGGCUAGUUUGGAACAUGGAUGAGGGGCUAAAGACACCCAGGGGAAAGUGUUAGGAGAUUACAAAAUCCCCAGGGCUGGGGCUCGGAGUGGUUGAGGCUAGAGACAGGUGCGGGAACCAAGGCCAAUUGAGGAAAGGAGACCCAGAGAGGUUAGAUAAUUUGCCCAGUUUUGCACACAGGGAGUGCAAAACUGGGGUCUGAACAAGGUUUGGGUUGGUCACUUUGUCCCAUGGGAGCUCAGAAACAUCUGCUGUCUAGCUCUUUCUUAGCUUCCUAGUCUUCUGCCUCCUCACCCCGGUCCUUGUCGACCUUGCUGCUGAAGUCAGCAGCUGGCUGGGGAGGCAAUUGUUUCCCCCCUUUUUGAGGGAGGUACUGAGACUUAUGCUCAUCACUGCUACUUCCAAAUUUCUCUAGAAAAAAGAAAUCAGGCCCUGUUCUUUGAUGACUUUAAAAGAAAAAAAUGUGCAUGCUGAAAAUUCAAAAGCUACAAAAGAGUGUACAGUGGAAAGUCAGUCUCCAGCACUCAGGCUGUGUUGACUGAUUUCUCAGGUCUCCUUCCAGGCAAGUACCAACAAUAUACAUGUGUGUGUAUAUGUGGCAUUUUCCUUUCACUCUACACAAAUGAUAACUAGUAUGGUGAGGUGGUUCCCAUUACAGACUCUGGAGGCAAAAUCCCUGGGUAUAAUAAAUCUGAGCUCUGUCACUCCCAGUCAGGACGUGUGAUUUGGCCUCCCUGUGCCAGAGUUUUCCAGUCUGUGAAAUGGGAGGUUAACAGCACCUACCUCAUCAAUUUGUUAGAGAAUUAAGCAACUUGAUAUCUGUGAAGCUCUUAGAACAGUGUCUGGUAUUCAAUAAAAUGUUGGCUAAUCAUUAUCAUCAUUUCUGCACUUUGAUUUUUAUAUGUUAUACAUAUAUGCAUAUAUAAUUUUAUACACUUUUUCUAAUAUUUUCUCAUUUCUGCACCUUGGUUUUUUUCACCAUCCUAGUGUAAUUCAUAGAUCAAUCCAGAGAUGCACAAGUAAGUCCCAUACCUUUUUAAUGUCUGCCGUGCCUCCUCUAGGACACACAUCCCAUAAAUUAUUCCAACAUCUUCUUAAUGACAUGUGGGUGGUUGGCAGUGUCUGGCAUAAAGAAUGGUGCAGGGUACACCUAGUGCAUCAAGGUCUCACAAAGGCACCUCCCCCAGAUGGGGUUGUAUUUCCGGGCAGACGUGCCAUGAGAAGACCCCAGGCUCUCUGAUUCUGUUCAGGAAUCUAGAAGGGCUCAGGUACGCAGCUGCUGUGUUUAUUCUCUCAGAUGAAGUCACUCCUCCCUGGCCCGUGCGGUGGGCUAGAGGUGGGGAACCUAGAUAUCCAUCCACUGUUCAUUUACAUAGAAUACCUGUUCCGUGUUGAACAGGGUUGGGAACAAGAGUGACAGGGAAAGCCCUAGGCCCUGUCAUCCCAGAGUCUGAUUCUGUGGGAAACAAAAACUCAGUCCUAGAUGGUUAUAUGGCCUAGCAUAGUCAGGGGAGGGUGGGGCUGGUCAUAUCACAAAGACUCCAGGGAAAGAAAGUGGUUAGCCACUGACAAAGCAGAGAAAAAUGUUUCAGAAAAUGCUAAAGCAUGUGCAGUCUGGAGGAGAAAAAGCAUGCUUCAUCCAGGUAUUUAACUUGCUCCGUGUGACUGGGCUGUGAGCUACUCGAGUGUGUGGGGAGAAAAGUGAUGAGCUGGACUGGAAGGCCAACAGGCAUGAAAUUGUGCAGGAUCCUAGAAACCAACUUUGGAGGUUUCCUUGCAGUGCUGGGGAGACAUGGAAGGUUUUAGAGUACUGGUUGCUAUGUGUGGCCCCCCAUAUUAUCAGUAUCAGCAUCACCUGUGAGGGGGAUCAAAGAUUACCACCUCAAAAUGAUUUUGGGAUUUUGAAAUAUCAAGCUGGUUAUUUUUAGAAAGGACAGAGGAACUGCUCCAGGGAAGGAGCCAUCUAUCAUCGUAGAUAACUAGUUUAAUGUGAAGCAGGUGUGACAGAUAGGGAGGAACCUUUCAUUUUGAUCAAAUGAAAGGCUCAUUUGAUCAAAGUCCUCUCUGUGUCCCAUUGUUAAAUAUGGCCCAGCAAAUUGCUUUUCCAUCCCCAUGCGAAUUGCCUUCCUGUCUUUCAAAUUCCAAACCACAACCCCCUCCCCCAGUUCUCCUUAGCUUCAUAAUGACGCAAAAACCUCAACUGCCCAAAGCCUCUUUGGGUCUCCUGUCUUAAGGCACCCCCGCAUGUACAUCUGUUAUAAACUUGUGACAUU